AUGAGUCCGGAGAGCUCCUGCUACCCCCAUAACAGAACUGGGAUGAACAGACAGCCAGAGCUUGUGAUAUAACUGACUCCGGCAUAACUAACUAGGACAAGCGCUUCCAACUCUGUAAAAAUGAGCCCACUAAAGAACAGGUCACCACUGCCCAACCCUCCACUUCCCUCCUUUAGACAUUCACUACCAGCUACCCAACGCCUGGGAGAGGGCGGCUCCUGUCACGUGACGUUAUCAUCACGUGACUCCGUCCUGCGCGAGCCAAGGCACUACCCAGCUCCCGCAGCCCGAGGGAGGGGCCCGUUGUGCCCGCACCGGUCCAGGUUCGACCAUGCUGUCCCGCUUGCUCAAAGAACACCAGGCCAAGCAGAACGAACGCAAGGAGCUGCAGGUGUGGCCCAGGCCUACAUGAACCAGAGAAAGCUGGACCAUGAGGUGAAGACCCUCCAGGUCCAGGCCGCCCAGUUUGCCAAGCAGACAGGCCAGUGGAUUGGAAUGGUGGAGAACUUCAACCAGGCACUUAAGGAAAUUGGGGAUGUGGAGAACUGGGCUCGGAGCAUCGAGCUGGACAUGCGCACCAUUGCCACUGCACUGGAAUAUGUCUACAAAGGGCAGCUGCAGUCUGCACCAUCCUAGCCUCUCCCCUCCUCUCCCCUCCCCCUCCCACGUAAGUCAUGAAUAAAACUCAAGCUUCCA